AUGGAUCAUACGAACGUUGCCUACAAGCCUGACUCGGAUACAGUUUCGCUGGGUGAUUUACCAUCCAAUAAACAAUAUACUUUGUCCCCAGGUUUGUUACCUGGGUACAUACGACGAAUCAGUGACCAUUCAACUGCAGGUCGUCAUUUCAAUUCAGGAAAUAUUUCGUCAGAAGAUAAAAAUAAGGAUGAACAACAAGUUCCAGGCUCGGAGCGGAAAGAACAGGAGCUAUUCGAUGAAGAUCCGUAUUAUUCAAUGAAAAACUUACGUUCUCGUCGCCGAGGUAAACGUGACGAAGACUCUGGUUUAUCAAAUCGCGUGAAACGGUUUUACGAAAAACAAGAUGACUGGAUCGAUGGUUACCAACGCGUACAUGAUCAUGGUAACGGCAAUCGAGACGACCAGAAAACUCAUGCAAGUGAACAAAAACGUGCUCGAUUUUUAACUAAAGUUUCACUCGGUGUGAACAUCUGUUUAUUCAUAUUGAAAGUUGCCAGCGCUGUUAUGUCGAAAUCGCUUUCAAUUGUUUCUUCUGUCAUUGAUUCAGCAGUCGAUCUUGCUACUUCUGUUAUUCUAUUUUGGGCUUGGCGAGCAAUCAAAAAACGUGAUGGUUAUCGUUAUCCUCAAGGUCGAACACGACUUGAGCCGGUUGCCAUUGUCAUUCUAUCUGUUAUCAUGUGCGCAGUUUCCGUUCUGGUUAUUUAUGAAUCAAUUAACACGAUUGUGAAUGACGCGCAGUAUUUUUCGGAAAAAAAUACGACACGGACUCUGGAUGAUAUCGAUAUGAGUGCAUUUCCAGUCGCAACAAGCUGCAUCGUCAUCGUUAGUAAAGCAAUUCUGUUCUUUGUAUGCCAUCGGGUGGACUCACCGACAACGUCAGCAUUAGCCGAAGAUCAUCGUAACGAUGUCGCAUCGAACAUCGUUGCGUUGAUCUGUGGUCUUAUUGGUUCAUUUGCAUACAAGCAGAAGAUCAAUCAAAAAGCAAUUGUGAUGGAUCCCGUUGGUGCUAUUGUCAUAUCGAUCUAUAUCAUCAUCAUGUGGAUUCGACAAGCCAACAGUCAAAUCAAGCGUUUGAGCGGUCACACAGCAGAUCCGAAGUUUCUCUCACAGAUAACGUGGUUAACUUUUCAUCAUUCUCCAUUGAUAAAGAAGAUCGAUACUGUUCGCGCGUUCUACUUUGGCACUUCAUAUUUAGUAGAAGUUGAUAUUGUUCUACCGGAGAAUAUGUUGCUGAAAGAAGCACAUGACAUUGGCGAAGAAUUACAACAGAAGAUCGAAGCACUGUCUGAAGUGGAACGAGCGUUUGUUCAUCUCGAUUAUGAAUUCAGUCACAAUCCAAAGAACGAACAUAAAAUCGUAUAG